CCAGAACAAAAUCAACACUUCCGGUUUGUGUGUGAAAGGCGGAACAAGCGGCCCAACGGAGGGAACAAAGGACGAUUGAGUUAACCAAUAUGGAAAUAGCCUCCUCUACUUAGCCAACAAUCCAGCCACGAUGUCAAAACGACCAUCCUACGCCCCUCCCCCUCCCCCUGCCCCGACAACACAAAUGCCUUCCACCCCAGGGUUUGUGGGCUACAACCCUUACAGCCAUCUGGCCUACAACAACCUCCGCCUGGGAGGGAGCUCCGGAGGCUCCAGCAGGAACUCCUCAGGCGUCACGGUCCCAAAGCCUCCCAAGCCUCCAGACAAGCCACUGAUGCCUUACAUGCGGUACAGCCGGAAGGUAUGGGACCAAGUGAAGGCAUCCAACCCCGACCUGAAGCUGUGGGAGAUUGGAAAGAUUAUCGGCGGGAUGUGGAGAGACCUGACUGAUGAAGAGAAACAGGACUACCUGAACGAGUACGAAGCUGAGAAGAUCGAGUAUAACGACUCUCUAAAGGCCUACCACAACUCACCAGCCUACCUGGCCUACGUCAACGCCAAGAACCGCGCAGAGGCCGCAAUGGAGGAGGAGAGCAGACAAAGGCAGAGUCGUAUGGACAAAGGAGAGCCUUACAUGAGCAUUCAGCCCGCCGAAGACCCUGAUGACUACGAUGAUGGUUUUUCGGUGAAGCACACAGCCGCCUCUCGCUUCCAGAGGAACCACCGGCUCAUCAGUGACAUCCUCAGUGAGAUUGUGGUGCCAGAUGUCCGCUCGGUGGUCACCACGGCCCGCAUGCAGGUCCUUAAGAGGCAGGUCCAGUCUCUCAUGGUGCACCAGAGGAAGCUGGAGGCAGAACUUCUGCAGAUUGAGGACCGCCACCAAGACAAGAAAAGACGUUUCCUGGAGACCACCGACUCCUUCAACACUGAACUGAAGCGGCUGUGCAGUCAGAAGGUGGAGGUGGACAUGGACAAGCUGGCAGCGGAGAUGGCUGCGGCGGAGGAGGCGGCCAGGCGGCGGGCGGAGGAGAGGGAGCGUGAGGCGGCCGAGCAGGCGGAGAAAGCCGCCCAGCAGGCGGCGCAGCAGCAGCAGCAGCAGCAGCAGCAGGAGGCUGCUGGAAACAAAGCUGCAGAGCAGGCCGGUGCUAAUGCUAGCAGCCCGGCUAACCCCACCUCAGGGACCAAGGAGGAGGACAAGCCCACACCGAUGGAGACAGAUGAGGCAGUGCCUGCGGAGCCCUCCUCAGACCCCCAGCCCGCUCCGCCGCCUCCAUCUGACCCCCCCCCUCUGCCUCUGACAAAGCCACCCCUCCCCCCGAGCCCCCCAGGGAGAGCAGCACCCCCACCAGCAUUGCCCCCAGCGACGACAGCAGCAGCAGCAGCAGCAGCAUCAUGCCCCCCCCUUCCUCCGAGGGCGCCCCGGGAGCCUCGGCCCCGGCGGUCCCCGACCCCCCGCCGGCCCAGGAAGCCAACUCGGGCGCGCCGAACCCUAAUGUGGCAGCGGCGCCUCCGCCCGCCCCCGCCUCAGAAGAGCCGGCCCCCCCUCCGCCGCCGCCGCUGCUGCCCCCCAGCCAGGGCGCCCAGCCGUAUGACAUGUAGUAGUGCGUUUUUUUUGUCAGAUACACAGCGGUAA